GCUUUCUAUUUCUUCUCCUGCAGCCAGGGUGCACGCGUAUUUGAAACAGACCGAAUUUCCUCUUCCAUGUGGGAUCACGUUGACUUUUCGAGACUAUUGGAUAUUUCUUUAUAAUGACUCCAGUGCCUUUUUGUUAUUGCUGUUGUUGAGGUUGAGGGAGAAGAGAUCGGUCUAAAUUCCGGUUGGGUAAGUGGGGGGGAUUCUCGGCGAUGAGAAAGCGGGGACUUCGAAGCCGGAGGAAAAAGCAGCAGCCCCCCAUCCCCACUUCUCCCGUCCCCGCUACUCUCCACCCGUGACCUCCCGUGGAGACCCCAGGCGGCAGCAUCAAUAUCUGAUCGGCCCUCGUCAGCGCGCUGCCAGCUCUGGCCGACUGGGCUCGCCAGGCAUCGCCCGCGCGGCGCUGAAGCCGACGCCCGGCCCUGCACCGGGCUUUGGGAGGACCUUCUGCGCUCGCCCCCUCCCCGGCGUGGCUGGGCUUCCGAGUCUAGGCGCGGUGCCCACCAUGCUCGCGCUGCUCUGCGCGAUGCCCUGGCUCCUGCUGGCGGCGGCGCCCGGGCACCCGGCGAAAUCCCCCAGGCAGCUCCCAGCACCGCGCCGCGACCCCAGGGAACCUGCCAGGGGCGCUGAUUUUGACCAUGUCUACACCGGGGUGGUGAGCCUGAGCACCGAGAACAUCUUCUCCUUCAACUACACCAGCCAGCCCGGCCAGGUGACUGCCGUGAGAGUGUAUGUGAACAGCUCCUCUGAGAAUCUCAACUACCCAGUCCUUGUUGUGGUUCGCCAGCAGAAAGAGGUGCUGUCCUGGCAGGUUCCUCUGCUCUUCCAAGGACUAUACCAGAGGAGCUACAACUACCAGGAAGUGAGCCGUACCUUAUGUCCCUCCGAAGCAACCAAUGAAACGGGACCCUUGGAGCAACUGAUAUUUGUAGAUGUAGCAUCCAUGGCACCCCUGGGUGCCCAGUACAAACUGCUGGUUACCAAGCUCAAGCACUUCCAGCUCCAGACAAAUGUUGCCUUUCACUUUACUGCCAGCCCCUCUCAGCCUCAGUAUUUUCUAUACAAGUUUCCCAAAGAUGUGGACUCAGUUAUCAUUAAAGUGGUGUCUGAAAUGGCUUAUCCAUGUUCUGUUGUCUCAGUCCAGAAUAUCAUGUGCCCAGUGUAUGACCUCGACCACAAUGUGGAAUUUAACGGUGUCUAUCAGUCCAUGACCAAGAAAGCUGCCAUCACACUACAGAAGAAGGAUUUUCCAGGCGAGCAGUUCUUCGUGGUAUUUGUGAUAAAGCCUGAAGAUUAUGCCUGCGGAGGAUCUUUCUUCAUCCAGGAAAAGGAGAACCAGACCUGGAAUCUACAGCGAGCAAAGAACCUUAAAGUGACCAUUGUUCCUUCCAUUAAAGAAUCUGUGUAUGUGAAAUCCAGUCUUUUCAGUGUCUUCAUCUUCCUGUCUUUCUACUUGGGAUGCCUGCUUGUUGUGUUUGUUCAUUACCUGAGGUUUCAGAGAAAAUCCAUUGAUGGAAGCUUUGGGUCCAAUGAUGACUCUGGAAAUAUGGUGGCAUCUCAUCCCAUUGCUGCCAGCACACCCGAAGGGAGCAAUUAUGGGACAAUAGAUGAGUCAAGCUCCAGUCCUGGAGGGCCUAUGUCCUCCCCCGACGGUGGGCCACCAGGCCAGUCAGACACAGACAGCUCCGUGGAGGAGAGCGACUUCGACACCAUGCCAGACGUUGAGAGUGAUAAAAACAUCAUCCGGACCAAGAUGUUCCUUUACCUGUCCGAUUUGUCCAGGAAGGACCGGAGAAUUGUCAGCAAAAAAUAUAAAAUUUAUUUUUGGAACAUCAUCACCAUCGCUGUGUUUUACGCGCUACCUGUGACCCAGCUGGUCAUUACCUACCAGACAGUGGUAAAUGUCACUGGCAACCAGGACAUCUGUUACUACAACUUCCUCUGUGCUCACCCCUUGGGCGUCCUGAGUGCCUUCAACAACAUUCUCAGCAAUCUGGGCCAUGUGCUUCUGGGCAUCCUCUUCCUGCUGAUAGUCUUGCGCCGGGACAUCCUCCAUCGGAGAGCCCUAGAAGCCAAGGACAUCUUUGCUAUGGAGUACGGGAUUCCCAAACACUUUGGUCUUUUCUACGCUAUGGGCAUCGCGCUGAUCAUGGAAGGGGUGCUCAGUGCCUGCUACCAUGUCUGCCCUAAUUAUUCCAACUUCCAAUUCGAUACCUCCUUCAUGUACAUGAUCGCUGGCCUGUGCAUGCUGAAGCUCUAUCAGACCCGCCACCCCGACAUCAAUGCCAGCGCCUACUCCGCCUACGCCUCCUUCGCUCUGGUCAUCAUGCUCACCGUCCUUGGAGUGGUGUUUGGAAAAAAUGACGUGUGGUUCUGGGUUGUCUUCUCUGCAAUCCACGUUCUGGCCUCGCUAGCCCUCAGCACCCAGAUCUAUUACAUGGGUCGUUUCAAGAUAGAUGUGUCAGACACAGAUAUGGGAAUUUUCCGGCGGGCUGCCAUGGUGUUCUACACAGACUGUAUCCAGCAGUGUAGCCGACCUCUGUAUAUGGAUAGAAUGGUGUUGCUGGUUGUGGGGAAUCUGGUUAACUGGUCCUUCGCCCUCUUCGGAUUGAUAUACCGCCCCAGGGACUUUGCUUCCUACAUGCUGGGCAUCUUCAUCUGUAACCUGUUGCUGUACCUGGCCUUUUACAUCAUCAUGAAGCUCCGCAGCUCCGAGAAGGUCCUCCCAGUGCCGCUGGUCUGCAUCGUGGCCACCGCUGUGAUGUGGGCUGCCGCCCUGUACUUUUUCUUCCAGAAUCUCAGCAGCUGGGAGGGAACCCCGGCCGAAUCCCGGGAGAAGAAUCGCGAGUGUAUUCUGCUGGAUUUCUUCGACGACCAUGACAUCUGGCACUUCCUCUCUGCUACUGCUCUGUUUUUCUCAUUCUUGGUUUUGUUAACUUUGGAUGAUGACCUUGAUGUGGUUCGGAGAGACCAGAUCCCUGUCUUCUGAACCUCCAAUAUUUAGAGGAGGGGAGGGAGCGAUCAAUCUUGGUGCUGUUUCACCAAAAUUACAGUGACUUCAGCAAAGUAACCACUGCCAGAUGCUCCACUCACCCUCUGUAGAGCCAACUCUGCGUUCACACAGGAAGGAGAGGGGCUGCAGGAGAUUUACACCUGCAAGAAGAGAGGCAGAAGGGGAGCCAUGUUGAGGACAAAUGCAAACAUGAGGAGCUGAGAAACACUUGCUCCUUCCAUCUGCAGCUCUAAGUGCGACAGGGACAGAUGCUGUAUCCAAGUCAACUCGCCAUCUUGGGGUCCCUCCCACCCUCAUGGAGACUUGCCAGCAAUGGCAGAAUGCUGCUGCACUCUUCCCUCCACUUGUCGCCCUGCCCGGAAAGGCCAGCAGCUUGGAUCUCCUGCCCAGAGACUGCCUUGGCCCCCUUCACACCUCUGCAACACCUGUUGCUCCAGCAGGAGUAUGUGGUUCUUUAGAAUAUGGUGGGGAGGUGACCCCAGGCCCUACUGGG